AAAUCAGUUGCUUCAUAUGUCUGCUUAGUAAACAGAGUCCAUUGAUUCUAACGAAACCAAACCCACAAAAAGCAUCACUUCUUCACUCUCCCCACCAAGCGUUCGAUGAAAAUUCCAGACCAAACAAUGCAGUACAAGAACUUGGGGCGAUCGGGGCUGAAGGUGUCCCAGCUCUCCUACGGAGCGUGGGUGACCUUCGGCAACCAGCUCGACGUCAAGGAGGCUAAAUCCAUCCUCCAGUGCUGCCGCGACCACGGCGUCAACUUCUUCGACAACGCCGAGGUCUACGCCAAUGGCCGCGCCGAGGAGAUCAUGGGCCAGGCCAUCAAGGAGCUCGGCUGGAAGCGCUCCGACAUCGUCAUCUCCACCAAGAUCUUCUGGGGCGGCCCCGGCCCCAACGACAAGGGCCUCUCCCGCAAGCACAUCAUCGAAGGCACCAAGGCUUGUUUGAAGCGAUUGGACAUGGAUUACGUCGAUCUCAUCUACUGCCACCGCCCCGACAUCUCCACUCCCAUCGAGGAGACCGUCAGGGCUAUGAAUUACGUGAUUGAUAAGGGCUGGGCGUAUUAUUGGGGGACGAGUGAGUGGUCGGCACAGCAGAUCACGGAGGCGUGGGGAGUUGCUCAAAGGCUCGAUCUCGUUGGCCCCAUUGUCGAGCAGCCCGAGUAUAAUCUCUUCUCCAGGCAUAAGGUUGAGACUGAGUUUCUUCCGCUGUACACUAACUAUGGUAUUGGCCUCACAACAUGGAGUCCACUCGCGUCUGGAGUUUUGACCGGCAAGUAUAAAUCGGGAAGUAUCCCUCCAGACAGUAGGUUUGCUUUGGAAAACUAUAAGAAUCUUGCUAGCAGAUCCUUGGUAGAUGAUGUGCUAAAGAAAGUAGAUGGCUUAAGACCAAUUGCAGAUGAGCUCGGUGUGCCAUUAUCACAGCUUGCAAUUGCUUGGUGUGCUUCGAAUCCCAAUGUUUCUUCGGUUAUCACAGGUGCCACCAAGGAGUCCCAGAUUCAAGAGAACAUGAAGGCUAUCAAUGUCAUUCCUUUGCUUACGCCUGCAAUAAUGGAGAAGAUCGAGGCUGUCGUUCAAAGCAAACCUAAGCGCCCCGACUCAUACAGAUAGAUAUGAUGCUUCCCGCAUCUAUCUCGUGUGUGUUUCUGCGUUGCAGCACCUGGUGUGCCUUUUGUGUUAUUUGCCUGUUGUUCCAUAUAGACUUGUGUUCGAUAUUCUUGAGACUAUGAUUAUUGUAUAUGUACUGAGAUUAUUGUCAUGAGUUUUCCUGCUCAUCACAUUCUGAAACAUGGCAAAUUCAUCAAAUUAUCUGUUACUUAUGCAUACAUUGUAACUAUACAGAUAUUUUCACUUCUUUGUACUAUUCAUUUUCAGUUGGUUUCGCA